CACGGAGUUCUGCCUUCGAGAUGUUCACUUUCUGAAAAGAUAACUUGCCUGUGCAGAGCGCCUUACGAUUCGCUUUUCUCUCCCUCACUCCAGCAGUCUCACAGCCCUCAGGGUAGCAGUGGUUAUUCUCUCUUUGCACCCGGAGUAGGGAGAGGAGGUUGGCAUUUAAUGAGCUUAUUCAGUAGAAUAGGAGGCCUCGCCCUUUCUGGUCCUCAUUACUUUGAAUCUUACCAAGGAAAUAUAUUUAGCAGUGCAAAGGAAUUGCAAAAUUUGGGGACUAUUGUAACCGAGGCUUGAGAAUGGGAACGAUGAGACUGGUUUGGAGAACCGAAGGUUUCAGGUCAGGUUCAGAUGGUUUGUGAAAUCGUGGAGGAACGCGGCUAAACUCUCCUCUAGUCCCGUUAUUUUACACACUUCGAAUUGCUGUCAAGGAAGGUUAGCAGAACACUUCGGGUCUGCUACCACUGCAGGCACUUGGGACCACCAAGAAGUAAAAGCCAAACCCUGUCUCACAAAGCUUUGUUUUGUUUAAUUUGUGUUCGCGAACCCUCCGGUCAUCAAGUUGGUACUGUGCUAGGUGAAUAAGGCGCAUGUGCAGCCCUGCCCUGGGGAGGCACAGCAUCUGGUUGGGGAGAUAGACAUGAGAUGGGCAAGAAGAGAGGAAAUGUUAGCAAAUAAGGCUUCCUGGAGGGGAUGGGGUCUGUUCCCAUCUAAAGGACUACAAAACAGUGCCCAGAGAAACUGGUGGAGUAUCAGUGAAAUAGAACCCUCAGCAGGCAGAGAGAUUAUCUGUUGAGAGGCCUGUUUCGUCUUCCUCUUAGGUGACUUCUUGGAGCAUCUGGCACCGUCACCGCUCCUUCCUUCUGCAGUUCUCUCCAUGACUGAGGUUUUCCUCCACCUCUUGAGCCCAGAUGCCAGUCCAGCCUCCAAGCAAAGACCCGGAAGAGAUGGAAGCAGAGGGCGAUUCAGCUGCCGAGAUGAAUGGGGAGGAGGAAGAGAGUGAGGAAGAACGAAGUGGCAGCCAGACCGAGUCAGAAGAGGAGAGCUCAGCUGGCCCUGACUAUCUUCUCGUCCCAGAGAUGGAUGACGAGGACUAUGAGCGGCGCCGCAGUGAGUGCGUCAACGAGAUGCUGGACUUGGAGAAGCAAUUCUCUGAGCUAAAGGAGAAGUUGUUCAGGGAACGGCUGAGUCAGCUGCGGGUACGGCUGGAGGAAGUGGGGGCUGAGAGAGCGCCAGAGUACACAGAGCCCCUGGGGGGGCUGCAGCGGAGCCUCAAGAUUCGCAUUCAGGUGGCAGGGAUCUACAAGGGCUUCUGUCUGGACGUGAUCAGGAACAAGUAUGAAUGUGAGCUGCAGGGAGCCAAGCAGCACCUGGAGAGUGAGAAGCUGCUGCUCUAUGAUGCCCUGCAGGGGGAGCUACAGGAGCGGAUCCAGAGGCUGGAGGAGGACCGCCAGAGCCUGGACAUCAGCUCAGAGUGGUGGGAUGACAAACUACACGCCAGAGGCAGCUCGAAGACCUGGGACUCCCUGCCACCCAGCAAGAGGAAGAAGGCACCCCUUGUUUCUGGCCCUUACAUUGUGUACAUGCUGCAGGAGAUCGACAUCCUGGAGGACUGGACGGCCAUCAAAAAGGCUAGGGCAGCUGUGUCUCCCCAGAAGAGAAAACCAGACGGACUGUGACCCUGCUGUGUGCAGCCGGCACCGGACCCAGGAUUGGCGCUGUGCUGCGGCAGAAGGCAGACUGUACAGAAAGGCCUUCCGGCACUGCUGCUGGGCCUCCCCUCCAGCCACCACCGGUCUGGACUCCUCCUGUGUCCUGCUCGGGGCUUGGACAGCCAAGCCCAGAGCUCUGCUAGCCUGACGGACUGUCUCCUCCAGCCCCAACCAGCCCCUGCCGUCCCCUGCAAAGGUCAGCCCCGUAGGUCACCUUUCUAACAAAGAAGACGUGUCUCAUCUUAAGCCAGAUCACAUCCUCUGCUGACCUUGGACCUGGCUCCCAGUCACUGAGCCAGCAAGUUGGGCCCACUUCACAGGCACUCUGAGCCAGACAGUGUGUGUGGGGCUGCCCUGGCUCUUGCCGUGGUGAGAAGACAGGCUCCCCAGGUCCUGCCAAGGCUGUCCUUGGGGCCUGCCUCCCACAUCGAGGGGGCUGGAAUUAAAACAUUUCCUGGGA